AUGGGAGAUAACAACUUGAACUUGCCACCAGGUUUCCGAUUUUACCCGACGGACGAAGAGCUCGUCGUCCAUUUCCUCCAACGUAAGGCCUCCCUUCUUCCUUGCCAUCCAGACGUCAUCCCGGAUCUCGAUCUUUAUCCCUACGACCCUUGGGACUUAGAUGGGAAAGCAAUGGCUGAAGGUGACAAGUGGUACUUCUACAGCCGGAGGACGCAGAGCAGGAUCACGGCGAGCGGGUACUGGCAAGUCAUGGGCAUUGAGGAGCCCAUUUACUCUUCAAACACCGGCCAAAAAAUCGGCACGAAAAAAUACAGCUCUUUCUUCUACGGCGAGCCUUCGGAAGGCGUUCGAACGAGUUGGAUUAUGCAGGAAUACACUAUGUCCGACUCUGCCUCCUCGACUCGAUCCUCUUCAAGAAGACGGAGUUCCAAGACUGAUUCCGGUCGAUGGGUUAUUUGUCGUGUGUACGAGAAGAACAGCGAUAGCGACGACGAUGACGGGGAAGAGCUUUCUUGCUUGGAUCAAGUCUUUCUGUCUCUUGAUGAUCUUGAUGAAAUUAAUCAGCCAAACUAUAAUUAA